AUGUCCACCAAGACAAAAGGCUGCAGCGGCCACAGCUGGGGCUUCAUUGCGCCUGAUGUUCAAGAUCCGCCACUAUGCAUCAGCUUGUGUAGGGAGAGGUUCCUCAAGGAGCUGGUGCUAGGGGGUGAGACAAUUGAGCGUGUGUGCGAGGUUCUUCAAGACAGGGACUGGAUGGAAAAGGAGCAGCCGUUUCGGGCGCUUUAUUGCUGUGAUGCUCAGGCUUGUGGCGUGGAUAAUCUGGGUCAGGGUGGAAAAGAUCACCCGGGUCCUCCACAACCAUAUCACAUUUGUGAUCCUGAAUCACUCAACGAAGACAAAGACUGUCAGCAAGCAAAAGGAACAGACAAGUCACAGGAUGCAUCAUCUCAAACGACAUCAAGGGCUUCAGCAGCAGAGAGUACGCUACACCAAACGACAAAGCCAACAACAUUAGAAACAACAUCAGUUCCAAUACAAAGCUCAAUACCAGAAACCACAUAUUCCACCACAACAGACCCUUCAACACUCGCAACUUCUGAUCCCUCAAGCAGCGACUCAAACAAUACCAACAAAGGAAUGCCCUUGGGCGUCAAAGUCACAAUAGCCAUCAUCUCAGUCGUCGGUCUCCUCGCCAUCGCUGCCCUCAUAUUCUGCCUCCUUCGAAGACGUCGAUCUCGCAAGACCGAUAUUCGAAGACUCAUCAAACACCCAUCUUCACCGCCUCCUCGCGCAGACUCACCUACGCCUUUGGUUUCACCCACUAUUUCCCAUACAGAUCCUGACGGCGUCCCGCUUACACCGCCUGCACGACUUGGAGAGCGAAGAUUUCUAGCUGAUGAGCCGAAUGGGUUUCCUACGUCUCCCGUGUAUUCACCUACGAGCAGUAAACUCUCGCCACGGCACGAGAGGACACCGAGGAUCUACAGUGCCAACCAAGUUCCCAUGAUAGUUAUGACGGCACCUGAUGGAGGAAAAGUCAGGGAUGAUGGAUCGCUGAGUUUCAGCGAUGGAAUCAUCACUCCUCCGCCUUCUGCUCAUAUAGCACCUCUUGGCUAUAACACCCAAACUUCUCCCCCAAGACCCCCGAGAUCUCGCGAUGCUUCAUUCAACAUGCUCGCUAGUCCUGGGCCUCCACCCACCAGGGCGCUUCCAUUGACACCUCCUUACCGCCCAUCAACUCCCACAUCACCACCCCGAAAGGGAACGAUGCCUUUCUGA